GAUAUCGACAAACGUCUCUUUUACCAAAUUUGGUUGCGACGACUUCCUGCAAACAUUCAACAAGUUCUUGCUUACGGAGAUGACGACAUUGACAUUGAGAAGCUUGCCAAAAUCGCAGAUCGCAUGUAUGAGAGGUCAACACCUCAAUCUGUUGCUUCCACCAGCAGAAUGCCAGACACUGACGACAGGAUACAGGCUCUAGAACACAAAGUCAACACCGUACUGAGUCAGUUAGCAGCACUGACCACACGCACACGACCAAGCCGUUCUAGAAGCUCGUCUCGUCGACGUCUUUCUCGAUCACCCAGCACGUCACGACAUCACGAUACUAUUUGCUGGUACCACCGUAGUUACGGAGACAAUGCACGACGGUGUCGUUCACCUUGCAACUUUCAGACUAAACCAAAAGAUAUAUCGUCAUGUAUGAAAACUUCUACUGUUGGCAAUCUACGAUCUAGCAGUCGUUUGUUUUAUGUAACAGAUAGAAAUACCGGUACUACGUUCUUAGUCGACACAGGAGCAGAGGUUAGUGUUCUCCCUCCGACUACGCAGGAACGUCAACAUCCUGACCCUGCAGUUACGCUCCAAGCCGUUAAUAAGUCUAAUAUUGUUACAUAUGGUAGUAAACGAAUGACUUUAGAUUUUGGUCUGCAGAAUACCUACAUUGGUCUUUCAUCAUCGCAGACGUUCCAUCCCCAAUCCUUGGUAUAGAUUUUCUACAGCAACACAAACUGCUAGUUGAUCCGGUUAGUCCUAAGCUUAUAGACUCGCUCAAUAGAAGGUACAUCGCUGGUACGAUUAGCCGUGCAUCAUCGCUGAACUUGAUGGUCACACGCAAACCAGCAUCUCCAUAUACUGACUUAGUAAAUCAGUUCCCUGACCUUCUACAACCCUCUUUCCGAGCAACAGAACUAAAGCAUCAAGUGGUUCAUCACAUUAAAACCACUGGAC